GGAAGUGACGGUCAGUGCGGGGCGACGGACGGACUGAAAGUGGUUGGUGAGUGGGGCGCCGCGUUGGUUGAUGUUGCCCCACAAUUGUUUCUUCCCUCCGGAGCACCGGAGGCUCUGGGAUCGGGCGAGGAUACCCAUCCAGUUGCCAAAAUGACUACAGCUACUGUCUCUGAUACAUAUACACCCACUGACGCAACUUGCAGAGUCUCAGUGGAGAAUGUUUCGCAGAAGUCAUCGAGUUCCAAAGUGUCGACGUCUGCCUCGGAUAACUAUUACCUGGCCCGAAGACGGACACUGCAGGUGGUGGUCAGUUCACUGCUAACGGAAGCUGGCUUUGAAGCGGCUGAAAAGGCUGCUGUUGAAACGCUGACGGAAAUGCUGCAGAGUUAUCUUUCUGAAAUUGGUCGAAGUGCUAAAGUUUACUGUGAACAUUCGGCAAGAACCCAACCAACUUUGUCAGAUGUGGUGGUUACUCUGGCAGAAAUGGGUUUUAACGUGGAUAAUAUUCAAGCUUAUGCCAAACGCUCACAGAGGAUGGUUAUUACUGCUCCUCCUGUGACAAACACUCCAGCAACUCCCAGAGCACUUUCCACAGGACAGAAGAGGAUACAUCCUUCAUACAUCCCAGGACACUUUCCAGAGUUCCCUGAUCCUCACACUUACAUAAAGACUCCUACAAUCAGAGAACCAGUAUCUGAUUACCAAGUGUUGCGGGAGAAAGCUGCAUCCCAGAGAAGAGAUGUAGAGCGAGCUCUUACCAGGUUUAUGGCCAAAACAGGAGAAACCGAGAGUUUAUUUAAAGAUGACGUCUCAACAUUCCCUUUGAUUGCUGCCCGGACCACCAGCAUUCCUUAUUUAAACGCUUUGCUACCUUCCGAACUUGAACUUCAGCAGAUGGAGGAAACUGAUUCCUCAGAACAGGAUGAUCAGACUGACACUGAGAAUGUUGCUCUCAACAUGAAUGCCGAUGAAAUUUCUGCUGAGAAGGAAAACUCCAUGUUGCAGCAGAACUCAGGUUUAUCAAACAAUAAAAACAGUGAAGAACCAAUGAUUGACAAUCCAUAUCUACGACCGGUGAAAAAGCCCAAGGUCCGGAGGAAGAAGUGAAGUCCAAGGAAACAAAAAAAGAUCAUUUCGGUAGAAUGCUGUGCAAUGAAAUGGCACAAAUAUUUUAACUGAAAGAUGCCUUCCUCAUACAUAUAUUGUGAAAAAGGGAAUGUAGACCCAAAAGAGGCUCUGAAAUAUAUAUUAAGGCAGCUUCAGUUUGGUUAAGGAGUGUAGAACCUGAAUAACUAACAUACAAAAAAUUUCAACACCUUCCUGAUGAUGCAAAGCAUUUUCUUGUUAAUUCAGAAACUGCUUGAAAUACUUUGCAAAACAACUUAUGGAUUUGCAUGAUCUUUGUGUAAAGAUCACUUUGAAGUGUGAAAGUCCACUUGAUUUCCCAGUGCAGUAAAAAUUGCAAUAUCUGUCGAAGAUCACCUAUUAUUUCUCAUCUGCUGUUUGAUGCAAGUUAUUGCAGUUCCAAAUAAAUGAAAAUGUUUUUUAAGAA